AACGAAGUCAUACCUGCUGUUGACAUCACGAACUUUCGGAAUGCAUACGUUAUCCAAACCAUUAAUCGAGUUGUCCUCGAAAGACAUGAAUUCGUUAUUGACAAUGUUGAUUUAAAUGGACACGUACUUAAUCCAUCUGUUUCUAUCGCUAUUGACUUCGAAAAAUGGCCAUUGGCUUUUAAGCAGUGUU